AUGGCCGCAAAUGGCGACAAUAGUGAGAGCGACACCAGUGAUCUGAACCCCAGAGCGAGCCUACGUCAAUCAUCAUACAUUGAUCCCGCUACUGGCACACGGUUGAGCAAAACAUUUACCCUCCACAACUUCGACCAUCCCGAUGCCUCACGCCACGACGUGGACGACGCCACUCCUUUACUGGGACAAAUCGAAGAAUACCGUGCAGGCGGUCCUUGGCCCAGCCAUGGCUUGUUGGUAUCAAAGAGCUUGGAAUAUGCGAGCUGGGCUAGGCGACUCAUGCUCUCAGAUACGGGAAAGGCGAUCUUCAAAUGCGCUCUGGCGUACCUCUUGGGCAGUCUGGCCACCUUUGUUCCCCAGUUGAGCGAAGUGUUUGGCAAACAGAACUCGAAACAUAUGGUCGCCACGAUCACAGUCUAUUUUCAUCCCGCGAGAUCUCUCGGGAGUAUGUUAGAUGCCCUGCUUUUGGCUACGUCUGCGUUUUUCUACGUGGCUGUCGUGUCCCUCCUCAGCAUGACAGUCGCCGCCUUUUUUGCAGAUACAGUCCACCUCAUUGAGCUUGGACACGCCAUUGUUCUGGUUAUCUUCGUUGGAGGCGGUCUGGGGCUUGUCGGUUGGAUCAAGCUUAGGAGGAAUGAUCCCUUGGUGAACAUAGCAUGCUCUCUGGCCUCCCUGAGCCUGGUCACUAUCCUCACGAAAGAAGGUGCUGUUCAGGCAGGCGACUACUCCACGAAGUCAAUCUCGCAGAUCCUCAAGAUGAUCGUUGCCGGUGUCAUAGCUACGAUACUGGUUUCUUUCUUGAUUUUCCCCAUCUCCGCCAGGCACAAGUUGAGGAAAAAUCUCCUUCACGUAACCGAUGCCCUUGCUGACAUGCUUGCCUUGAUUACGAGCAGUUUCUUAUCUGGAGAUGAAGCAGAACUGGAAGACAGUGUCUUUCAGGCCAUUAGUGACCAACACAAAAAACUUUCUUCCACGAUCCCCCAAAAUUUGAAAGAAGCAAGAUAUGAACAUUAUUUGCUGGGCACUGAGACACAAGCCCUGAUUGAGGCUAGGCUAGCGCAGUGCAUUCAGCGGAUCUCGCAGAGCAUUGGCGGUCUUCGGAGUGCUGCAGCCAUGCAGUUUGUCGUUACAAAGCAACCGGCCUUUGGGUCUGUGCAAUUCACGGCAGAGCAAACUUCUACGCCACGCUGGAUGGACUCCAUGGAGAGCUCCAAAGUCAGUACAAACGAUCGAGACUUGUUGAGUUACUUUGUGCCGCAGUUGCCUGUGCAGGAAUCAACUAGGCCACUGACUGGGUCGUUGUCGGGCCCAACACACACGCCGUUUCGAUCACCCGCACAAAUUUUCGAGCUUUUCAUUCGCCAUUUGGGCCCUUCCAUGAGAUCUCUCGCUUUCACACUGAAGGAAGUGCUGGAUGACUUUCCUUUUGAUGCCUCAAAACGUUACGCCAUUGCAUCCAAUCCCAUAUUCAAAUCAAGCCUUGAUCGAGCAUUGGAAUUGUACAAGGAGUCUCGAAAAGACUCACUUCUUGUUGUCUAUGGUCAGAAGGAUAUGGAUCGGUCUCGACCAAAAGCUGUUCAAGCGGAUUGGGAGGAUGCUGCCGCGUGUUGCGGCCACUUUUCAUUCUCUUUGGUGGAAGUAGCUGAAUCCGUGAAAGAAUAUUUAAUCAUCCUCGACGAACUACAGCUCGAGGUCGACGAACAUCCUGCUGGGAAGACGUGGCACUGGCUGAAGUUUUGGCGAUCGCCCUACAGCCAAACAGAUCUGACAGGGAUUGACCCCGAUUUUGCCAAACUGGCAAAAAGGUCUGAUGAACUCGAGGUCAAGUUUAGCGACAAUCGUCUCAAGGUGUCUCCACAGCAUGAGGUACCUCAGUGGCCCGAUCAACCUCGCUUCAAACAAUUGUUUUUCCGCUACCUCUACGCAGCUGCAUCUUUUUUCCGACGUGACGAUAUCAGGUUUGCCAUCAAAGUCGGGCUGGGCGCCAUGUUGUACGCACUGCCGAGUUUCAUCUCCUCGACACGGCCCAUCUACCAGCAUUGGCGAGGAGAAUGGGGCUUAGUCUCAUAUAUGCUGGUGUGCAGCAUGACAAUCGGGGCGUCGAACACGACAGGCUACUCGAGAGUGCUUGGAACCUGUCUCGGAGCUGCUCUCGCUGUGGCUGCGUGGGAAAUAUCGCAUGAAAAUCCCGUCGUACUGUGCCUUUUCGGGGCAUGUAUGGCGUACUGGACCGCAUACAUGAUCAUCGGAAAAGGCAAAGGCCCGAUGGGCCGCUUCAUCAUGUUGACCUACAACCUCAGUGCCUUGUACGCGUACAGUCUUGCUGGUCGUGAUGAUGAAGAUGAUGGAGAUGAAGAGGAUGCCGCCAAGAAUCCUUUGAUCCUUGCAAUUGCCGGACAUCGGGUCGUCGCAGUAAUCUCUGGUUGCAUAUGGGGUCUGAUCAUUACACGCGCUGUCUGGCCCAUAUCGGCUCGGCAAAAGCUGAAAGAUGGUCUUGCACUACUGUGGCUUCGCAUGGGCUUGAUCUGGAAGAGGGACCCAUUGGCCAUGCUGACCGAGGGUAUCUCACCAGACCGAUAUAUGAACCUCCGAGAGGAAUUCUAUCUGCAGCGGUUUCUGGCUAAGCUCCAGAGCCUGGUAGAGGCUUGUAAAAGCGAGUUCGAGCUCCGGCGGCCGUUCCCCCAUGCAAUCUACGGUCGGAUCCUCAGGAGCACUGAGCAGAUGCUUGAAUCCUUCCACGCAAUGAAUGAGGUCCUUCUCAAGGAUUUAAACACAUCCCUCGGGGAGGAGGCACUUCUGAAGGCCACAGUCAAUGAACGAGCACAACUGUGCAGGCGAAUCAGUCAUUUGUUCAGCGUUCUGGCAAGUUCUAUGAAGUUGGAAUAUUCAAUGACGAGUGACGCGUUGCCCAGCAUCGACCAUACGCGGGAUAGGCUCUUGGCAAAGAUUUUUGAGUAUCGGCAGAGUGACGCACAGGAGCAAAAGACCAAAGAUGAGGAUUAUAGUCUCUUGUACACGUAUGCCUUAGUCACAGGCCAGCUAAGCCUCGGGAUCCAGGAUGUAUUGAAGGAGAUAGAAAACCUCUUUGGGGUCCUUGAUGAGGAGGCGUUGCGGCUUCAGUAG